AUGCUUGCCACUGAGAUCCUGAACAACCUUGCUAAAUUUCCCCAUUGCAUCCUCCUGACUCGUGUUGGUCAGUUUUACGAGUCUUACUUUGAUCAAGCAAUUGAGGUGGCUCGUCUACUAAAUAUCAAGCUGACUUCUCGCGUCUGGGACAAGCAAAACAUCGCGAUGUGCGGUUUCCCAUUAAUGCAUCUGGAUAAGUAUCUCAAAGUACUUGUCCAACACAAUAAACGGUUCGUCGCGAUGUGUGAAGAAUUUCCUCGGUAUUCUGCGUCGGGUCAGAAACCCGAGUUCGAUAGACGAGUGGUUCGCGUGAUAACCCCUGGGACGCUCAUCGAUGAGCCAUUCAUCAACCAGUUUGAAAAUAAUUAUCUAUUGUCCAUCAGCGCCGAUGGUACAAUGGAAGAAAUGGAUGCCACACCUAUAGGACUAGCCUGGAUCGACGUCUCUACAGGUGAAUUUUUCGCAAAGACAUCGUCUAGGGAGGCUCUGAAGGAUGACCUUGCGAGGAUAUGCCCACGAGAGGUCGUCCUAGAGGAUAAAUUCCAAGCCAACUUUUCGCAUCCCAUUCAUCAGUUGCUUGUGGAUGAAGGAUGCUUUGUUUCGUACGCUACGCCCUCUCAAGGCACCUUGGUGAAGGAUUCACUCGAGACUGCUGCUGCUCCAGAUGACCUCAACAAACUGGAAGGAGACUUGACUUCUGUUCCAUCCGCAUAUUCUCCCGAGGAGUCGUCCGCUAUCACAAUUCUUACCAACUUUCUGCACGCUCACUUGUUGGAGCACAUGCCAAGUCUCUCAAUGCCGAGUCGCGAAGGCAACGUGGAUCGCAUGCAAAUCGACUCUCACACUAUCAAGGCACUUGAAAUCAGGGAAAGCACGCGAGAAGGCGGUACGACAGGUAGCUUGCUGAGCGUCGUCAAAAGAACUGUAACACGGAGCGGAACACGUCUACUGGCUCGAUGGUUGUGUUCACCGAGUACAUCGGUCAAAGAAAUACAAGCUCGACAGUCAUUGGUAGCAUUCUUUCACGCCAGGCCACACUUACUCAGCGACGUCAGGCAGUUCUUGGAUGAAGUCGAAGACACGACACGGAUCGUUCAAAGGUUCCUUCUUGGGCGAGGUGAUCCUGGCGAUUUGGUUUCGAUCAGCAAGACGAUUAACGUCUGGAGUGCAAUUCGCAAGCGCUUGGAACUCGAGAAGCAGAUGGAAAGUUCGGAACGAGGCUUUCUGCUUUCGGAAGAUUGGUCAAGUGUCGAUGCUCUUUUAUGCCGAAUGGCAGAUCUGCAAGACCUUGAGAGUCGAAUCAAUCUGGCUUUGCGAAAUAUUGAAACUACAGAUGAGUCAAAAGAUGAUCAGGACGCCGAUGGCUCUCUUCCAGCAGAUGCGGAGGAGUCCAGCAAAAUUGGUUUCAAGUUUGAUAUUCCCUUCAGGUGUUUCAUUCGACCAGAAUUUUCUUCGCAACUGAUGUCUCUGCAUACCAACCUCGUCGAUUUAUUAGAGCAAAGAAGGAAAAUGGAACGUCAACUCCAAGUAGACUAUGAAGCACCUUCUCUGACCCUGAGGACUUCUCCUGCGCUAGGAAUGCAUGUCCACAUCGGUCGCUCGAGGAGAGACCAGGCUGUUGUGAAGGCAUCGCCGCUCUUCAUUAAUAUAUCGGAGAGCGGUUCGACUAGCUCCUAUUUUUACCAGUCAUGGUCGUCUCUAGGCAAUCAGCUAGUUGAAACUGCGACGGCGAUCACGAACGCUGAAAAGGAAGCUUUCAGCCUGUUGCGCAAUGAGGUUAAAGCCUUUGCGACCCAUCUUCGAAGGAAUGCGCGGAUAAUGGACGAAUUGGAUGUUACCCUCGGAUUGGCGAUUCUUGCAGCUGAAUUACGGUUCACGAGGCCCGUUAUCACUGAUAACAUGACAUAUGAGGUGACCAAUGGACGACAUCCAAGCGUAGAACUUGGCCUGCUCACUUCAGGUCGAGUCUUCACUCCGAACUCCGUGGUACUGGAUCGUGCCUCUCGGCUUCACAUAAUCACAGGCCCGAACAUGGCAGGGAAAUCAACAUUCCUGCGACAAGCAGCUUUGAUUGCUAUACUCGCUCAGACUGGUUCCUUUGUACCCGCGGACCACGCUGUCAUCGGAGUUGUAGACAAACUCUUUUCCAGAGUAGGGGCCAAGGAUGAUCUGUUUCGUGACAGAAGUACAUUCAUGGUGGAGAUGCUGGAAACAGCUGAAAUUCUACGUCGGGCAACUCCAAUGAGCUUGGUCAUCAUGGAUGAAGUGGGUCGUGGAACCACCGUAAAAGAUGGUCUGGCAAUAGCAUUUGCUGCCGUACAUCAUCUUGUCACCCAAAAUCAGUGUCGGGCUUUGUUUGCAACUCAUUUUCAUGAACUCGCAGAUAUGCUUGGUUACUCCGAUAGUCACCGUGGCGGCGGCGUCUUCCAAGAAGUCGGGUUCUUUUGUACAGAUGUUGAUGAGACAGACGACAACCAUUUUGCCUACUCCCAUCGUUUGCGUCCAGGCGUGAAUCGAGAUAGUCAUGGCCUCAAGGUUGCUCAACUGGCAGGCAUGCCAGAAUCUGCUGUCCUUCUUGCUAAGCAAGCUUUGGAUGCACUCAAAGGACAGGAUCACAUCGGAUCUCAACAACUGUCUUCCCUGGGGCAAUCUUUAACGAGUUCAAGGUAG